CGCUAAACCAAUUGCGCUAUCUAUAUAUAAAGCCAAAAAAAACAACCUCCGACUUCAUCCCAAUACCAUACCAAUACCAUACCGUUCGUCGGAGUCAUUGCAUCUCCCUCUGUUUUGCCCUGCUCUGCUGUGCUCUGCUCACCCCCGGAAAAGAAAACAAUCGAACGAAGUCACCGUCGGAGGAAAAGCCAGCCAUGUCGCACCUGGUGGACAAGGCGAAGAACUUCGUGGCGGAGAAGGUGGCGGGGAUGAAGAAGCCGGAGGCCUCCCUCUCCGACGUCGAUCUCAAGGGCGUCAGCCGCGAAUGCAUCACCUACCACGCCAUGGUCGCAGUCAACAACCCCUACUCCCACUCUCUCCCCAUUUGCGAGAUCGCUUACACCCUCAAAAGCGCAGGCAGGCAAAUAGCGUCGGGGAAUAUGGCGGAUCCGGGAUCUUUGGCGGGGAACGAGACGACGAAGCUGGAGGUGCCGGUGAAGGUGCCGUAUAACAUACUAGUGAGUCUGGCGAGGGACAUUGGCGCAGAUUGGGACAUAGACUAUGAAUUGGAAUUGAGUCUCAUCAUCGAUCUGCCUGUCAUCGGAAACAUCACCAUUCCUCUAUCCAGUAAGGGCGAGAUCAAGCUCCCUACGCUCUCCGAUGUCUUCUGAUCAAUUAAUUUCAUCUCUCUCUCUCUCUCUUCCAUAUUUGGUUCUGUUAUUGACUUGAUUUCUUCGUUAAUGUUUCAUAAAGUUGCUGUGAAUCUGUGAUGAUGAUAUGCUUUCCUUUUUGAGAAAAAUAUAAUAUGUGCAUUUAUUUUUAAAUGAAUGAAUGAGUAAAAUUUUAAUUUUACAA